AUGGCACGAACAAAGCAGACGGCGCGGAAGUCCAUCGGCGGCAAAGCACCUCGCAAACAACUAACUACCAAAGUAGCUCGGAAGAGCGCACCAGCCACCGGGGGCGUGAAGAAGCCGCACAGGUACUGGCCGGGCACUGUAGCACUGUGCGAGAUUCGUCGCUACCAGAAGUCCCCAGAACUUCUGAUUGGUAAGUUAUCCUUCCAGCGCCUGGUCCGGGAGAUUGCGCAGGACUUUAAGAUGGACCUGCGUUUCCAGAGCUCGGCUGUAAGGGCACUGCAGGAAGUCUGUGAGGCAUACCUGGUGGGUCUUUUUGAAGACACCAACCUAUGUGCCAUCCAUGCCAACCGUGUCACUAUUAUGCCCAAGGAUAUUCAGCUGGCACACCAUAUCCGCGGAAAAUGUGCCUAA